AUGAUGCUUUUAUCUGAUAUUAACAGAGCUGGACAAUAUGAAAUUAUCAAAGCAUUGAUCUGCCACUCUCCCGGUCUACUAUGCAGCGAAGGCGAACGUAAUUACACUGCUUUACAUAUGGCCGUAGCUUACGGUUGUCCCUUUACGGUGGAAAUUCUACUAGAUCGAGGAGCUGAUACUUAUAGAAGGCAAGAAUCAGGAUUGCACGUAGCAGCUCAAUACGGCCAUACUGAAAUUAUAAAGCAACUUAUAGAUAGCGGUGGUGAUCUAUCAUUAGAAAAUGUUAAGGGGAAGAAUCCUUUAGAAGUGGCCAUCCAAUAUUAUCAACAAGAUGUCGUUACUUUGAUGGUAACCUCAUUAAGGGAAAAGGAUCUCUUAUUAAAAGUUGGAGAAGGAGACAUAACAACUUUUCAAUCUAUCAUUCUAGCGAUGCCAGAAGUAGCCGAGAACAUAAUGGAUAAAUGUAUCACAAAGAUCGCCUCAUCAGAUAUCAAAAAUAAAGAGAAAAUUAUGGUCCAAUAUGACUGUACAUUACUUGAGCCUGGUAUUGAAUUUGAAUAUUCCCAUGGAGCUCCAAAUGGAAUCGGUAGCUUUAAUGCUUUAUUGGUGAAUAUGAAACUUUACGUCCUGUUUAUCACUACAAUUUUCAAUUUUUAUCUAUAA